CCCGCCCCGCAUGGUGCUUCUCCGACAGCAGGUGCGAACGCUGUUUGUCAGUGGUCUUCCUGUGGACAUCAAACCCAGAGAGCUCUACCUGCUCUUUCGGCCGUUCAAGGGAUAUGAGGGAUCCCUGAUCAAGCUCACCUCCAGACAGCCUGUUGGUUUUGUGAUCUUUGACAGCCGGGCAGGUGCAGAAGCGGCCAAGAAUGCGCUGAACGGCAUUCGCUUUGAUCCUGAGAACCCCCAGACCCUGAGGCUCGAAUUUGCCAAGGCCAACACCAAGAUGGCCAAGAGCAAGCUGAUGGCGACACCAAAUCCUAGCAGCGUUCACCCGGCCCUGGGAGCGCAUUUCAUCACACGGGACCCCUAUGACCUGAUGGGUGCUGCUCUGAUCCCUGCGUCCCCAGAGGCCUGGACUCCUUACCCCCUGUACAGUGCAGACCUGACGCCCACCAUCUCGCACAGUGCCUUCACUUACCCAGCUGCCACUGCGGCUGCCACCCUGCAUGCUCAGAUGCGCUGGUUCCCGUCCUCUGAUGCCACCCAGCAGGGAUGGAAAUAUCGCCAGUUCUGCUAGUGCUGGUCUUGUCCAGGGAGCUGACACUGGUCCGUGGGUGGGGCCAGCACAGGCCCCCGAGUUUCCACAGCCCCCUGAGGCCUGUGCAGUGCUCCCGUUCCCUCCAGAGACUGUUGACUCCUACAGCUGUGCUAAGUGGACCACGUCCCAUGUCUGUUCCUUGUGCCACCCCAAAACCCUUACCCUGAUUUGCUUUGUUCUGUGGAUGCCCACAGGAAAGCGAGGCAUUUACUUUGCAUGUUGCCUGGCACCAGUGACUUAGCCUGUGUAGAUGUGAGUGUAGUGUGUGUUCACACCAUUGCCAUAGCAGUGGGUCCUGGUGCUCUUGGUCUUGGUGCCUGGGGCUGCCCGCCUACUUCUGGGAGGCCUGGGCCCCGUGGCACCCACACUUCUGGCUGCACUGCACCCCGCACCCAGCAGCCGACCAGCGUUGCCUUUCCCCGCAUCCCUAGUCAUCCUGGGGCCGACGGUCACCCGCCACGGUGUGCCCACCCCACUGCUCCUCACUCUCCAAACCUUGAAACCAGAACGUGGAAAGUAUUUCUGUACCCUGGGUAAGAAAAUAUUUAUGCAUCCUAAAGGAUUUUUCAUGUGUGUACCACUUAAUUAUUAAAGAGACCUCGUUCGCCCUGUCAGAUAAGUUUAACGUUUAGUUCGAGGCAUGAGGAAGCAGCGGCUUUUGUUCUGCAGCAGGGAGCCUUGUGUCAGGCGUGGUUUAAGGAAAAUGAAGGAAAAGUCAUGCAAUUUUGUUUUGCGUUGUAAGCAAACUGCUUUGUUUUUUGUUGCGGCUGCAAUUGUCUUGCCAUUUCAGACGUGGGGGCAAGGUGGCUGUUGUCCUUGCUGAUCCUGUGAGAAUGUGAACCUGGAUAAUAUAUGAAAAUAUGAAAUAAAAAAC